GCGCGAGAUGUCGGAAUCUCGAAUCUUCACGAACCGAAAACAAUGCAAGUCAUAAAGUCGACAACAACUAUCGUAUGCGCUAUCUAGGUGGUUCUCAAGGGCCUCCCAAACAUGUUGAUCGGAUCAUUAAAAGGGGAGGAGCUAAGCAAAAGGAUAACUAUCCUCGUCAUGCGUACAGGCCUUAUGAUCCGCUUAGGAUUCAAUCAAUGAAACAGAAUGUGAUUAUCCGAAGCAAGAGUGUCACACAUUCUCUUACUUUUUCACCUAGACCGGCGAAAAAUGAUGCACAUGAUGCGCAAGUAAUCGAAGCUUUGAGUGGGAUGGAUCAUCAAGCUGCUGAGAAUGAGGUUCAGUUAAUGGAUGAAGAUGAUCUUCUAAGUGAGGAACUCGGAGAUCUUGAAUCAACAACAUUAGUAACAGCGACAACAUAUUCUCAACCGUCAUCAAGGACUUUUAGGAAUCCGACGAAUGUUAUUAGAAGGACCGCCCCUAUGGGUAUCCAAAAUAAGAAGCAAGGGUUCCUCCGUCGAGGUUCUCCACGCCUGAGAUCGACUAUCUCCUCUACUCAGCGAAUGCCUGCUGAGAAUCAGAGACGAAGGCACGCAGAUUCAAGUUCUAAGAAGGCAC